AUGUCCCACGUCCCACCAACCCAGUCCAUUCCCAAACCAGAGGAACCUAAAGAACCACAACAGUCUCCUCAGCAACCUCAGUUCCAGCAAGUACCUCCGAAUUACUACCAAUUUCCACCUCAAGGUUACUACCCACCACAAGGCUUCCCGAACUACCCUCCUCAGCCUAUGCCUUACUUCCCCAACCCUUGGUUGUUCCAGCAAGCUCCACCCCAGCAAUUCCAAUCUCAGUCCAAAUCGAAGAGAGACCAAGACUUCGAAGAAGGUCUGAACCGUUUACGCAAAGAGUAUGCUACAGCUCCAAUUGAGAGAAAGUUGUUCCCGGACCAAAAAUAUAAUUUAGGUGAAGAGGUGAGAUUUCACCUGUUUUUUCACCCUCUUGAAUUUUCAUACGGAAUCUCUUCUCUCGGUUUUCCGAGGGAAGCAAUCAUAUGA